CUGUGGCCCAUUUAUUUAUUGUCUACAUAUUAUAACAAUCUGUGGUCAAUUUUGGCAUUUCGAAAUGGCGGUCAACGUUACAGUGAGAUCACUGUAAACAAUAAUUAAAGUUUUGAAGUCUAAAGAACUGCAACAAUGCAUAUUAAACAGGUGAUAAUCCAGGGUUUCAAGAGUUACCGCGAACAAAUUGUCGUCGAGCCGUUCGACAAACGACACAAUGUUGUCGUCGGACGUAAUGGAUCUGGGAAAAGUAACUUUUUCCAUGCCAUACAAUUUGUGCUAAGUGAUGAGUUCUCUCAUCUGCGCCCAGAGCAGCGUCUGGCCCUGCUACACGAAGGUACCGGCCCGAGGGUCAUUUCUGCCUUCGUUGAGAUCAUCUUUGACAAUUCUGACAAUAGGAUCCCUAUUGAAAAAGAUGAGAUAUUCCUUCGCCGAGUCAUUGGAUCGAAGAAGGAUCAAUUCUUCUUGAACAAGAAAGUGGUGCCUCGUUCCGAGGUGCUCAAUCUACUUGAGAGUGCUGGACUUUCCAACUCCAAUCCUUACUACAUUGUGAAACAGGGAAAGAUCAACCAAAUGGCCAUAGCGCCCGAUUCCCAUAGACUGAAGCUCUUGAGAGAAGUAGCUGGUACCAGGGUCUACGAUGAGCGCAGGGAGGAGUCUGUCACCAUUCUUAAAGAGACUGUUGGAAAGGUGGAGAAAAUCAACGAAUUCCUACAAACCAUUGAGGAGCGUUUGAAGACUUUGGAGGAAGAGAAGGAAGAAUUGAAAGAGUAUCAGAAAUGGGACAGAGCUCGACGUGUGUUGGAGUUCAUUAUACAUGACACUGAACAUAGGGAGAAUAAGAGGAAGUUGGAGGAGCUGGAAAAAAUGCGUUCCAACAGUGGCAAGGAACAACAGCAUUAUGCUGACAUGGUCAGAGAGGCACAGGAGCAUGUCAGAGAAGCUAACAGGAAGCUAAAAGAAGCUCGCAAAGACGUGGCAGCUGCCCGUGAAGAGAAAGACAUUCUAUCUACUGAACAACAACAACUGCUCAGAGAGAAGACCAAGCUUGAGCUCGGUAUUAAGGACUUGUCUGAUGAUGUUGAUGGUGAUAAUAAGUCUAAGGAACGAGCAGAAGGCGAACUCGAACGUCUUCGCCAACAAAUAGCUGAAAAGGAACGUGAACUGGAAGAGCUGAAGCCUAAAUACGAAGAGAUGAAGUCGCGUGAGGAGGAGUGUACUCGCGCGUUAGCUCUCAACCAGCAGAAGCGACAGGAGCUGUACGCUAAGCAGGGACGAGGGACACAGUUUACUUCCAAACAGGACAGGGACAGAUGGAUUGAGAAGGAACUUAAAUCACUAAGCAAACAAAUAAAAGACAAAAAGGACCAUGAAACCAAACUCCGGGACGACUUGCGACGCGACGCUACCAAGUUGACAGAACUAGAGAAGAGAAUAGAAGAGACUACAAAAGAGAUGGAGAGGCAGAGAGUCGCCAUUGACGAACAUAACAAACAAUACUAUGAGUGUAAGAAGAGGAAGGACCAGGAACAGAGUGCUAGGAAUGAAUUAUGGCGUAAGGAAACUACCCUCACGCAGAAUCUGUCGUCUCUCAAAGAAGACUUGGCAAAGGCUGAUCAGGCACUGCGCUCUAUGGCGGGAAAGCCCAUCUUAAACGGGCGAGACAGUGUACGCAAAGUCUUAGAGACAUUCCAGGAGCGAGGCGGCGAGUGGGCCAAGAUCGCCACGCAGUACUACGGACCCGUCAUUGAGAACUUCACCUGUGACAAGACUAUUUAUACUGCUGUUGAGGUAACAGCCGGUAACAGAUUAUUCCACCACAUCGUAGAAUCAGACACAGUGGGUACAAAGAUUCUGAAGGAGAUGAACCGACAGAGCCUGCCGGGAGAGGUCACCUUCAUGCCGCUCAACCGACUGCAAGUUAGAGAUAUGGUCUAUCCUAAUGAUAAUAACGCUAUAGCCAUGGUACAAAAGCUGAAAUACGACGCUAAAUACGCGAAAGCAAUGAAGUAUAUCUUCGGCAAGACUCUCAUCUGCAGGAACUUGGAGUGUGCCACAGAGCUCGGCAAGCAGUUCCAUCUGGAUUGCGUUACUUUGGAGGGAGAUCAGGUAUCAUCAAAAGGCUCUCUUACCGGUGGUUAUUUCAACCAGUCGCGUUCUCGUCUGGAGAUGCAGAAGACGCGGUCCGAGCUGAUGGAACAAAUCACAACACUUGAGCAAGAGUUGAGCACACUCAGACAGGAGCUCAAUAAGACGGAAACUAGUAUUAACUCUAUUGUGUCGGAGAUGCAGAGGACUGAGACUAAGCAGGGGAAGGCUAAGGAUAUAUUCGACAAAGUGAAAGCCGAUAUCCGUCUAAUGAAAGAAGAGCUGGCUUCUAUCGAGCGUUUCCGCGGCCCCAAGGAGCGGUCGCUGGCGCAGUGCCGCUCCAGCCUCGAGGCCAUGCAGGCCACCAAGGAGGGGCUGGAGUCUGAGUUACAUCAGGAACUAAUGGAGCAACUAUCGACAGCCGACCAAGGCAAGGUGGACGAGCUGAACGACGCCAUCCGUCGCCUCACGCAGGAGAACAAGGAAGCAUUCAGCGCUAGGAUGAAUCUAGAAGCCACAAAGAACAAGCUGGAAAAUCUGCUCACCAACAACUUGAUUCGUCGUAAAGAUGAGUUGGUACAAGCUCUACAAGAGAUCUCGGUGGAAGAUCGCAAGCGUCGUCUCGCGAACAGCAAGGCGGAUCUCGCAGCUACCGAGAAGAGAAUCAAGCAGAUUAACAAGGAGUUGGAAGAAGUCGAGAGGAAAGUACAGGCCGCUGUCAAGAAUGAGAAGGCCUUGAAAUUGGAGCUUGAUAAGUGGCGGAAUAAGGAAAAAGAAGCACAAGACAAAAUGGAGGAAGACGCCAAAGGCUUAGAGAAAAUGGCGUCCAAAGAGGUAUUACUGCAGGAGAAAAUACAGGAAUCUCUCGACAAGAUCGCCGCGCUCGGGACUCUGCCCAACGCGCCCGAGCUGCAUGCCAAGUAUCAGAAGAUGUCGCUCAAACAGUUGUUCAAAGAGCUCGAGAAAGCUAACCAACAUCUGAAGAAAUAUAACCACGUGAACAAGAAAGCCUUGGAUCAAUUCAUCAGCUUCUCUGAACAGAAGGAAAAACUAUACAAGAGGAAAGAGGAACUUGAUAUUGGAGGAGAGAAAAUCCGAGAGCUCAUCGAAACAUUGGAGCACAGGAAGUUAGAAGCCAUACAGUUUACAUUCAAGCAAGUAUGCAAGUACUUCACAGAGGUGUUCAAGAAACUGGUUCCUCAAGGCAGAGGCAGUCUCAUCAUGAGAGCGGCCAAUGAGGACGGUCAAGAGGCUUCCACUGAUCGUGUAAAAGCGGACCCAUUCGCCGGCGUCGGUAUAAAGGUAUCGUUCACUGGCGGCGAGGGUGACAUGAGGGAAAUGAACCAGUUGUCCGGCGGACAGAAGUCGCUGGUCGCUUUAGCACUCAUCUUCGCCAUACAGAAGUGUGAUCCUGCCCCAUUCUACUUGUUCGAUGAAAUCGAUCAGGCUUUAGACGCGCAACAUCGUAAGGCGAUAGCAAACAUGAUCCACGAGUUGUCCAGUUCAGCCCAGUUCAUCACGACAACUUUCCGACCGGAGUUGUUGGAACACGCUCACAAGUUCUAUGGAGUUAAGUUCCGGAACAAAGUGUCUCAUGUCGAGUGUGUCACACAAGAGGAGGCGAGAGAUUUCGUCGAAGACAGCGCUACACAUGCUUAAAUUUUAUUUACUAGAUAUGUUGAAUUCGGAAACGUUUCUGACCACAGAGUACAGACAUGUUGGUAAAUAAAUGAUGUCUUUUGUAAGUAAUUUGCAUUUCUAAAGACCGAUUUUACAAUUAACUUUUAUCUGUCAAACAAUAGAAUAUGUGACAGCUUUUGUAUAGAAAAUAUGUCAUACCGCUAUAUUUAUUCUUCAGAUAGAAGUUGAGUGAUUAUUGUAAAUUCGGCCCCAAAAGUAGUUAAUGAAUCCGCGUUCCGUUUGCAUACAAGAAGGAAAGCGCGAUAAAUUGUCACUAAAGUGCUCUUAUUACGCCGUAGAAGGAAAUGCCUGAUUUUGUAAGAAAUUAUAAAAGAAUUGAUUUACCUUCAUGUCUGUUUAUUAAUGCUACGUGCGCCACCUAACUGUUAAAAUAUUGCAAUUACUCCACGAUAUUGUUACUUUCGAAUUACGUGUUAAAAUGUUACGUUUUUAUGUUUAAAACGCAGGUGUUGUAGGGCGCAGGGGUAGUUGCAUAACCAAUAGAUAAUAUUAUUAUUCUCACUUAGUGUGAAUAUAUUGAUUUGUCGUGUAAAACAGUUUUUUUGUCGCUGUCUGAAUUCAAAAGCAUGUACUGACAAUAUGAUACUGUAAAAUUCAAUUGGAUAGAAAUUAUAAUGUUAUAUAUUGGUGGUGUAAGUUUGACAUUUUCAGUGCGCACCACUCGACAUGAUUUUUCUAGAAUUGUAUUCAUUUAUUUAUUUAAAAAUACAGACCUAUUUACCGCGAAGAAAUGUUACAUAGUUACAUACAAUACUUUUUCAGCAACAUUGGAUUGUAAGGUUAGCGAUAUUUUAUUGUAAAUAUUUUUGAUGCAGUUUUUAUUUCGAUUAUUUCCUAAAUAAAUUGACAUGAGUGGUUAUUUUAGUUUACAUUGUUGACAUUAUUUUCUUCUACUAGAUAUAAGUAAAAUAGUUAAUACUAUAAAAAUUGAUAGUAAACAUUUUGCAUUGACUCAGAUUAUAUUUUUAUAGUGCCUCAGCAAUGACGUCAAUGCAGUGGUUUCUGAAUUGUAAUGUUUUUUUUU